AUGUCAGGGCUGGAUAAUGAAUUCUUUGGCUUUACCCUCACUGCUAAAAACAAUAUUUUCACCUGGGACUCGGAUUCCAGAACGGAAUCAUGGGGCCAUAAGCUUUUAAUCAAGCAGAUAUUGCUCGAUGACAAAGCUAAGGAUGAUGAGUACAAUGUGGUCAAUGUUGACUCUCUCGUGGAGGAAGUUCGUCUGCCAAUUGCUGUGCUUAGGGCUGGCGAGUUGCGGGUCAUCCAUCCAAAUCUCGAGUUUUACGAGUCAAGGGUUACCUUCACACUGAGCACGGGCAGCGGUCCCGUGCAUAUUUACGGCCAAAACAUUAAGGAUAAUUUGAAACUGAUUUAUAUCAGGGGGGCAAAAUAA